AUGGUUGCUGUCCACCAUGCUUGUGGCACUCCUGCUACUCCAGCUGGCCACUCUGCUCCAUGUCCCCCUCCGCCCAUCCUGACCGUCCGUCACAUCGCCGCGGGCUCGCUCCACCUGCUGCCCCGGCUGCUCGACCCUCCAAGCCAGAGAACAGCCCACAACUCAAUCCUCAGGCGCUCCCAAUCCAUCCCAACCCCAGGCCAGCUCCAGUACGACGACACCAUCCUACUCAAGUUUGCCAUCCCCACCCAUCACCAGCAGCACCAGAAUCCCUCCAUCAUCGCAGACCCAGACCAGCCCCUCCAAUGGUUCACUCUCUCCCUCAGGCCCACCCAAAACCUCAUCCAUCCCAACGCCAAACUCAUCUACGCUGCCACCGACCCCGCAAGCACCACCCCCACUGAGUCCCCGCUGCUCAGCCGAGACGUGCUGGCUUACUCGGGAUGGUCCAUCGACCCAGACCACAUCCACUCCUGGUGGGACGAAGAACACGCCUCAGUCGACCGCCCCUCGCCCGAGUGGGCCUCAGCCUACGAAGACCAGCGCGUCAGAGGCUGGGCCCGGAUCCUGGUCCAUCAGGCCACCUUGGAAAUGGAAGCGGAAGAAGACCUCCACCAGCUCAUCUUCGAAGGCGCCUUCGAACACGACAACCAACUCUGGCACAUCAAGCCGUGGGACUCAUUCAGCAGCCUACGCACGCACGCAGACUCAGAGCCCACGCCCUGGGAAGCGCACCCCACCGGCGGACUCAUACAUGCCGUCUACCGUGCCCCGCAACCCCUGGGCUCCUCACAGCAAAUACAACUCAACCCAGCCAGUUCAUUCUCCUUGGCUUCGAUGACAAGCUUCCUGGAUCACCUGCUGGGGAUACCCACCUAUCGAUCAUCAGUCAACAUCCCAUCAUCAGGCAUGAACUUCAAUCAAUCCUCGAGACUCAUGCCUCCUUCGACUACGAAGACCCUGCAUCGACGGCAGUCAAUGGGCAACGAUAUCACCUGGCUGGGCAACACGACCACCUCUUCAAACUUCAUCAACUCCAUCGGCACCACGACCGGCUGCCCCAUCGGCUCGCGCGUAGUGUUUAUCGGUGUGGCGGCUGAUUGCACGUAUGUCUCAAAGUACAAGACCCAAGACGCUGCCCGGAUGGCAAUCUUGAACAACGUCAACUCGGUCUCCGCCAUCUACCAACGCACAUUCAAUAUCUCGAUUGGUGUAGUUGAGCUGAACGUCCAAUCUCCCGAGUGUCCAGCGACACCGAAGGCAGAUGCCAUGUGGAACGUAGGCUGUCCCGGAUCUGGAACCGGCGGAUUGGAUCUCAACCGGCGUCUAAGCGUCUUUAGCGACUGGAGGGGCAAGAAGGGCGGCGGGGAUGGCGCAGGACUCUGGCAUCUGCUCACCGAUUGUUCGUCCGGUAGCGAGGUCGGCGUCGCUUGGCUUGGUCAACUGUGCGAGGUUCAGUCGCAAUCCAGCAAUACGGGACAAGUUACCAGUGGAACCGGUGUCACUGCUGCUACCACCAAUGAAUGGCAAGUGAUGGCCCAUGAAAUCGGCCACAAUUUUGGAGCUAUUCACGAUUGCGCUUCUGGGUGCGAUCUAUCGGACACCUGUUGUCCGCAGAGCAGAACUAGCUGUAACAGCAACGGAAACUUCCUCAUGUCACCCGUCGCCACCAAAAACACCACGAACUUCUCUCCCUGCAGCAUCGGAAACAUAUGCACGACAUUACACAGCACUGUGAACACUUCCUGCCUGGUGACGCCGGGCCAACGGACAGUGAUCUCCUUACAACAGUGUGGCAACGGGAUUGUGGAGCCGGGCGAGGACUGCGAUCCGGGGCAGAGCACGACCUCGAGCUGCUGCGAUCCACGGACGUGCAAGUUCCGGACGGGGGCGGUGUGUGAUCCGUUGAAUGGUCCGUGCUGCCAGUCGGACUGCCAGUUUGCGAGCCCUCAACAGGUGUGCAGGCCGUCGGCGAACGCGGAGUGCGACGAGGAGGAGCGCUGUUCGGGGAAAGACGUCCACUGUCCGGACGACAAGUUUGCGGAGAACGGCAAGGGCUGCGGGCCUUCUGGGAUGGGCCUUAAGUGCGCCGCGGGCAUGUGCACGAGUCGGGACGAGCAAUGCAAGGCGCAGGGCGCGUCGCUCGCGCUCACGAAGGCUUGCCCGGCGGGAGCGACGAUGGACUGUAAGAUCGCAUGUGUGGACCCCACGGGAAGGGCGGACUGCAUCGUGCUCGCGACUAACUUCGUCGACGGCAGCGAGUGCGGGUACGGCGGCAGAUGCGUCGCCGGCUCCUGUAAGGCCGGGAGCAUCACCGACACCGCCGAGUCCUGGUUCAGAAACAACCUCGCCAUCAGUAUCCCGAUCGCCAUCGUCGCCGGCCUCCUCGGCCUCAUGUAUAAUGGUCAUGGACACAUGUAA